AUGAAUGAUUUUCCAAACGUCACUGUAAAUAGUUUUGAUGCUCCUUCUGACCAUCCUGAUGGUGGAAUUUCAAUUUCAAUUAAAUCUACGAUAAAUAAUCCUUCCCAAAUUAGUGUUGAAUUAGGAGACGUAAUGUUUGAUAUUGUUCAUAUGAAUCAAACUAUUGGUCAAGUUUUUUCAACAAAUUUCACUCUUAUACAAGGUGAUAACAAACUUUCUCUUGAAGGUCGUUUGUUACCUCAAAAUUCUCCGGCUGGUGUAGCUGCUGUCAGUGAUAUGUUUUCAAAAUUUAUUGCUGGUGAUGAUUCUUCUAUAAAUGUUGUUGCUAGGACUGUUAAGCCAAAUAAUUCUGCUUCUCCAAUUUCUUGGCUUCAAGAUGCAUUUAAUGGAACUGAAUUAGAUGUAAUUUUUCCGGGAAGAAAAAAUCUUAGUAUCAUUCAUGGUGUCACUAUAGAUUCUUUAGAUCUUGAGUUUAGUACAACAGAUCAAUACACACCGAUGGCAUCAUCAUCAUUGCUCACUGCCUCUUUUAGUAUUCCAUUCGGAUUUAAACUUUUUGUAAAGCAAAUUUCACAGGAUAUCGAAUUAUUUGAUGGUCAAACAAAAUUAGCGACACUUAGUAUUCCAUUCACUACUGCUUCUGGUGACUCGGAAUCUGGUAACCUUACUUCAAGUUUUGCACCAACUCAAUUUAAGGUAGUUCCAGGAUCUGAAAAUGAUUUUGAUGAUUUUGCCAAAAGAUUAACGGUUGAAGAAAAUGUUACACUCACAAUGAAAGGCAUAGCAAAUGUUAUUUCCAAUACUUCAAUUGGUAAUGUAACAAUUGAUGGAAUAAAAUUUGAAGUUCAAACAACACUUCAAGGAAUUCAAGGUCUUACAUCAUCUCCAACAGUAAUCAAUUCUUUAAAAGUUACCGGAGGAUCUGCGGAACAUAUAAACAUUGAAUUAUUAGUUAGUUUAUCAAAUCCAUCGAACGUUAAAAUCGGUUUAAAUAGUGAUGUCAUAUUUGAUCUAAUAUGUAAUGAUACGAUAAUUGGUAGUGUGAUAAUACCAAAUCUUGUACUUGAACGUGGUCAAAACAAUCUCACAGUCCUUGCACAAUUUUCACCAAAUGGUGAUGAGGCACGACAAGUUGGACAAAAUUUAUUGAAUAAUUUCUUGGCAGGAAAACCAAAUAAUGUAUCAAUCAAAGGAAAUUCAAAUUCGACUACUAUAGAACCUUUACGUCAAGCUUUUGAAACUAUAGAAUUAACAACAGUUAUGCCUGGUCUUGUGACAGAGACACCAAUAUUAAAUAGAACAUUUUUCUCAAUUAGAUUUAAUUCUUUGUUUGAUAAAAAAGGGAAGGCUUCAAUUGAGAUAUUUAAUCCGUUAGACACAGUGAUAAGAUUUUUAAAAAUUGAUGCGAAUGUUACGGUGAAAAAUGAAUUAAUUGGAAUAAUUAAUCAAACAUUUAAUGAGAAUGAACAAAUUGUAGUUCAAGGUGGUCAAAGUCUAAUAUCCAAUGAUAUGGAAUUAGAAUUGAAAAUUAGUGUUAAAGCUAUAAAGAGUUUAGUAGAUGCUGUAAAUGGAGAUUUGAAAGUUAAUGUUACAAGUAAUAUUACAAUUAGUGUUGGAGACGAAAACGGUGGAUUUGUUACUGAUAUUGAUUAUUCACAAAACGAAGUACCAACGGUACUUAAAAAUAAAAAUCAAAAUGAUAUAUUACCAUUCUUUAAUUAUUAA